GGUACUCGAACAAGACCUCAGUCAGGCGGGUUCUGUAAUGCUGGAGCCGUUGGCCACCUCCGUCAUCAACACCCUCCUGUCUGGACGACCUCUCACUGGACACCCUUCCGCUUCCCAAUCUAUGAGAAUGGCAGUGAAGACAGUCGGCUCGACUCUUCCGCCGGAUUUCUUCACACCUCGUCCGAGGCGCGUAAAGGGCAAGGAGAGGGCUGCACCCGGAGUUGACUUCCCGACGUGCGUGGACGUGACUGCAUUGAAUGCUGCGAAUGCGCCACCGCCUUGUACAGGGGUCAAGCGAACAUCUUCCAUUCGCAGCAAUGCCAGUCGAAUGCGAGCGCGCCGACUAUCUAUUAGGAAGCCUAUGCAUGCUCCGAUUCGUGACCCCCUGCCUUCAUUCAAGCCCUUCGCAAGACCGGUGGGCAUAGUGCAGCAGCGUUACGCUUCGAGCCUCCCACAACCCAUCGGAGCUUCCGGGUCGUCCACGCCAGUGCGGCAUACGGAUCGAUGGUACCAGACAAUACGGGACUACUCCGCAGGGCGCACAUCUGACCUAGAGGAAGCCUGGCGUGCUUUCGAAGACCUCUGCCGAAGCGACGGCUGCGCAUCUUUAUCGCUGCUUGACUUGUUCCAUUUUGGGUCUGCAAUCGUCACCGCGGUCGGAAACCACGACCUCGAUAGCAUCUCCCCGGAGUGGUUGUCUCAGAUGGGGGAAAGGUUAGCCGAGGUUGUGGAACGGUUGUCUCCACGAAUGACAAAGGAGUCGUCGACCCUUGACAAGUUACGCAUGUACUGUUUAUCGGUCGCCAGCGCCGCUAUGAAGGAUUCGUUUGACGUCGCAAACGAGAGGCUGGACAAGUUGCUCGCGGCGCCGGUCGAGCCCACCCAUUACAAACAUGUCGCCCAGAUGCUCGCGGUCCAUUUCACUGCUCUCUAUAUUCACCAUUCCGCUCUGUCCGCCUUCGAGAUUUUGUUGCAACAUUGGUCGGGGAUCAACUCGUAUCUCCCAGAAUGGCUGCCCGUGGAGCUCCUUGAACGUGCACGGGGAGAUUGGCGGAGACUUCGCGAACGGGUCGCCGACAUCGUCUACCGCGAAGAGCAGCCAACGAUGACAUUCGUCAACUGGAAACCUCGAAUGCAACAACACCAGUGGCAACAAGUGGGGGAGUAUCUCGUAGACGUCUUCUCCGAGAAGAGCGAGGGCGGUGUCGCCUUCGAUAUCAUGGAAACCAUAAAGAUGCAGAAGCUAGGCGUUCGAGUGCAGUUGCAGCUCAACGUCGUCAAGGCACUUGUCAGGGACGACCUAUUCGAGCAGGCCAAUGUCCUCUUCGCGUCUUUGGCGGAGCACAUGGGCACGGACAGGGCCUUUGACACGUAUCUGGAGGUCGGCUUAUACCUCCAUGCCCACCUGGGCGACGUCGAACGAGCACAGGAGUACUAUGAACGUCUUAUCCAGCGAGAACAGGUCAGCACAAGACACGUGGCACUUCUGCUACAUGCGCACGCUGUCAAUGGCAAUGCGAAUGGCGCCACGGAGCUCUUCUACCACUUCUUCCCCCCCGCAUCGUCAAACUCACAAGUAGAACCGCCGAAUAUCUAUCAUUAUACGUCUGUCGUUCUCGCCUUUGCGAGGAGGGCAGACCUCUCCGGCAUGAACACCUGGCUUGCGAACAUGGUCAAGGCAGGCAUAGCACCGGACGCCCACGUAUAUGCUAUCAUUCUCAAAUGUCUUGCGCAGCGAGGAGACCUCGAGCACGCAGCCGAGGUCUUAGCCCAGAUGCGUGCAUCGGGCGUUCCUCCGUCGCGGCACGCCUACACGAUCAUGUUCACACUCCUCGCGGAUCGGAAGGACGCCCUGGCCGCCGAGGAGCUCUACAAACAAGCCAUUCGCGAGCAGGUCGUCCCCGACCGGGUGAUGAUAAAAACCCUCAUGCAUGUUUACGUGCGGGCCAGUGACUGGCAGGGCGUCGUUCGUACCUUCGACUACCUCAAGUCCUCUAGCCACCUGGGUAUACGACUGAACAUCGGGGUAUACAACACGCUUCUCCAGGCCUACGUCUCCAUCGGGGCGCCUUUCCGCGUCGUUGCGAAUCUCUUCCAGCGGAUUGAAGAGACCGGUCUGCGGCCGAACGCGCAUACGUUCGCCUUGCUCAUCCAGUCUGCGUGCGACUCCGGCCUCAUGUGGAUCGCGAAAGACCUCUUCGCAGAAAUGAUGAGGCUCAGGAAGGACUGGCAGUUGCACGCCCGGACCAAUGUCUACAUACACACUAUCAUGAUGGCUGGAUGGCUUCGCGCCGGGAAUACGAUACGGGCGAAGCAGGUGUACGACCGCAUGCGGAAGCGCGGCAUUCAGCCCAGCGCGGCGACGUAUGCGGUCAUCGUGAAGGAGUACACCCGCGACAGGAGUGGCGCUGGCCUGCAGAUUGCCCAGGAGUUCAUUCGCACCCUUGUGACGGCGGAUCCGGAGGCGCAAACGUGGAUGAAGACCAGCCGCAGUCGGAGAGAUGCGCUGAGCACUCUCUAUGCGCCGCUAUUGUCAGCGUAUGCUCGUCGUGAGCGGCCAGAAGUUGUGGAAGAACUCGUCGCUCAGAUGGAACAGGUGGGCGGUUCGCAUUCGUUUAGGACCGACAUUCAGAUACUCGAUGCAUAUCGCCGCGUGGGGAACAGUAACGCUGUCCGUGAACUGUGGACUCGCAUGUACGAGGACGCCGUGAGACGGACCCAGCUCAAUAUCCUGAUCACGGACUCCGUCAAGGACAGUCCACCCGACCUCCGAAGCCUUGGAACCACACUAUGUGCCCCGCUCUCUAUCUACAUUGAUGCCAUGUCAGCCGCAGGCUUCCACGCCGAGGUCGCGCAGACUUGGGCGCAGCUCCAGAAGGCCAAGUUCGUCUUCGACGCGCACAAUUGGAACCAUCUCGCCGUGGCGCUCAUCCGCGCUGGCGAACCCGAACGCGCGUUUCGGGUAGUCGAGAACAUCAUCAUUCCAGUUCGACAACACUUGAUUCGUUCGGUCACAGGAAAACGCGAUCGCACUCCGACCUCUCCUAUCCUUGAAAGGCCGGUCGAUCAAGUCUUGGAAGAGGAUAAGGAGUCGGGAGAUGACAUGGACCCCGCGGACAAAGGUCCGGAUGGGGGGGUCCUCACCAUCCCGUUCCAAAGGCCGUACACCUCAGAGCGCAGAGCGCGAGUAGCGAUUGCAGCCACACGAAAGGGCGGUGAUGACCUAGAGGUCGGCAAAGACAAUGACUUCGCGCAUGGCCUGCAUAUGCUCUACCAAAAAGCGUCGACGUGGCACGAUUGGCAGCCUCACACGAUUGUCUUCGCCAUGCUCGCCGAGGUCUUGCGCCACCUGUCGCGCGGGAGACUAGUCCAACCUGUGCGCCCCGCGGACGCUGAGCGCGAUCAUGCCCCUACUGUGCAGGAACUCAGGCAGCGCAGAGCUCAAGCCUCGCAGAUCCUUCAGCGCAUCUACGAAACAUGCCCUCAGGCGGUUGCUUUACUGGAGAAGACCACAACGCGGAAGGGCACAGCGAGGAUGAAGAGGGCAGCAGGGCAGAUCCGGCGUGAUAGCACGGUGAAUUACUAGUCGUGGCAAUGCACUUCUGGCUACAGGCAGCGGCAGCGGCAAGGCUUGGUACGGGAAACUGUCCAUAUACUAUAGCGGGGUAUCAACAACGGUCAAGCAUCGUCGGACUCCUCCCCGCCCGACCCCUCGGAGCCGCUGCGCGGUCGUUUACGACUCUGCUUCGUGGAGGUAUUCCGAUUACGCUGCACGCAUCGACGUCAGCGUCGUACAGUGCGGAUGAGGGUACUGUGCGGUCGACUCACGAGAGGUAACUUCUGGCCUUGGUUCCCGAGAGCUAUCGAGAGGGCGGUAGUUUCUGUGGAUCGCAAGCUCUAGGACGAGCCUUUCCAAUGUAGUGUAGCGAUAGGUGUACUCACCUGGCACGCCAGGGAAGCGUUUCGCGGAGUAGACAAUGAACGGCUCGGUGAAGGUUUGAGCAAGAAUCUUAGAGAAUCCAGUGUUAAUGAAGCGCGAUCCAGGCUCAGGUGCUGGGGAU